GGUGUUUCCGCCCCUCGGAGCCCAGGACGCUGGCGGGACUGCGCAUGUGCGGGGCGCAGCCAGUGGCUAAACCCCCGGCGGCUCCACGGACGGCGAACCGUGGCGGAGAUGGAAGCGAGCCUGUUGCGCCAGUGCCCGCUGCUUCUGCCUCAGAACCGGGCGAAAACCGUGUACGAAGGAUUCAUUUCAGUUCAGGGACGAGAUUUUCACCUUAGAAUAGAGUUGCCUGAAGAUUUACAAAUGAAGAAUGCAAGAUUAUUAUGUAGUUGGCAACUGAAAACAAUACUUAAUGGAUACCAUCAAAUAGUACAACAGAGAAUGCAGCACUCUCCUGAUCUAAUGAGCUUUCUGAUGGAGUUGAAGAUGGUUUUGGAGACUGGGAGUGAUUCAGCUGGAAUUUCUAUGAAAGUAAUGGACACUUUGGAAGUUGCUUUAAAGAAGAAACAGGAGUUGUGUCCACCACCUCCUCCUCCCCAGUUCUACUCAAGCCUUAUUGAAGAGAUAGGAAUUCUUGGUUGGGACAAACUUGUAUUUGUGGAUACUUGUCUCAGUACCAUCAAGUUAAAAGCUGAAGAUGCUUCUGGUAGAAAACAUUUAAUUACUCUCAAGUUGAAGGCAAAGUACCCUGCAGAAUCACCAGAUUGUUUUGUGGAUUUUCCUGUUCCAUUUUCUGUGUCUUGGACACCACAGGUCACUGAUCAACCCCAAAUAGGUGUUAGAAUUGCAGUUCUACCUAUAACUGUGCCAUUAAGUGCAGGUUUGGUGAUGUAUCCUUGCCAUUGCAGUUGGAAUUUUCAGAUUUGGUAUGAUACAAGCUCUUUAAUAAGCAUUUACGGUCAGUUUUUGGCAGCCUUAGAAUCACUGAAAGCAUUCUGGGAUGUUACGGAUGAAAUCGACGAGAAGACUUGGGUACUGGAGCCAGAAAAACCUACACGGAGUGCAACAGCACGCAGGAUUGCACUGGGGAAUAAUGCUUCAAUACAUAUAGAGGUUGACCCCAAGCAUCCUACUAUGCUUCCUGAGUGCUGCUUUCUUGGAGCAGACCAUGUGGUAAAACCUCUUGGAAUUAAGCUGAGCAGGAACAUACAUUUGUGGGAUCCAGAAAAUAGUCUGUUACAAAAUUUGAAAGAUGUUUUAGAAAUAGAUUUUCCAGCUCGCACUAACCUGGAAAAAUCUGAUUUUUCUAUGGAUUGUGGCAUUUGUUAUUCAUAUCAACUUGAUGGUGCCAUUCCUGAUCAAGUGUGUGAUAAUCCUCAAUGUGCACAGCCUUUCCAUCAAAUAUGCUUAUAUGAGUGGUUGAGAGGACUGUUGACUAGUAGACAGAGUUUUAACAUCAUAUUUGGUGAAUGCCCAUAUUGUAGUAAGCCAAUUACCUUGAAAAUGUCUGGGAGGAAAUCCUAAAAUAAGAAUGUAACAUUUCUGUGAAGAACUGGCAGCCUUAAGAAUUAUCAAAAGGAUUUUAUUUGAUAUCUUCAGAGAAAGUAUAAAGUAAGACCUACUAAAAUCAAAAGAAAAAGAACAAUAAAGCCAUAAUAAUACACGUCAGUAACUGUCUCUUCACUGAGAGUAGAGUCUCUGACCUCCAUUCCGGUUGGAGAAGUAUAUGUAUACCAAGAUGAAGAUCUUGAAUUGUCGAGUAUAUACGGACUGAUAAAAUCUUGAUAUGGUUUGUAAAGUGAAUUUGGGAACUGUAUAGAGCUCGGUUUUUGUGGAGAACUGUUUCUUUCAUUCAGAAUUUGAGACUCACAGUACUUGUGUCUUCUCUUUGUGCUUUCCUAUGGAAAAGUAUAUAUAUUGUGUUAGGUCUGAGUUAUCCUUAUACUGUGUACUCUAAGAGUUCUAAGAGUUCUAAAUAAAACAUGUUACACAAAACGAA